AUGCACCGCGCAUGAGCAACGCACACUAUGAGCGUUCAUAAAAUUCCAAUAGUUUCCCCUUCUCCUCAAAAUUCUCUGGUUGAGUUUCGUGCACCAAGCUAAUUAUUUGACAUAUCGUGAGUAUUAGUCAAGCCAUCGUCCGAAAUAGGAAUAUCGAACAUGCAACUGGAAUCAGAGUAAGUAACUACUUAUGAUCCACGCAUAGGAGGAACACCAGAAAUGACAGCCUUUAGUUCUGUAUGGAACUGCAGAAUGUGCCUUACAUACACCAGUCACCAUGAGGUUACCGAAAAUCAGUGUUUUUGUCUUCUUGGGCUGCCAGGUGGCUUACCUGAUGUUUGUUAAGCACCACUAUGAUGGUGUAAGGCCAGCCAUCUCUAAAAUACCACCUCACUUCCACUCCAGAUUGGGCUUGUCGGGCAGCCUAAACAGACCAACCUCCUCAGAAGUGGUCAGCGGACGUUUCCAGUAUGGCGUUAUGUUUGAUGCUGGGAGCACAGGGACAAGGAUCCAUGUCUUCAAGUUUCAACUAGAGGACAAUGAGGCUCCUAAAUUGGCACAUGAAACAUUCAGAGCAAUAAAACCAGGUAUAUCUGCAUAUGCUGAUGAUCCAGAAAAGGGAAUCAACUUCAUGUACAUUUGUAAAGAAGGGAUCUUGGAGCUGUUGGAGGUGGCCCAGGACGGCAUUCCCUCCUCUGUGUGGAGCAGCACUCCUCUGGUUCUCAAGGCCACCGCAGGCCUUCUGCCUGGGGAUAAGGCCACACACCUACUGGACAGGAUGCCCAUCCUACCCAUGCUAGAUUACGGCGACGUAAUUGAUAUAUCAGCAGGGAUCUCUGCUUGGAUCACAGUCAACUUCCUCAUAGGGGGUCUCCACGACUCUGACACACCCACUGUGGGGAUGCUGGAUUUGGGAGGGGGGUCCACUCAGAUCACCUUCUCCCCUCAGGAUGAGAAGACCAUCCGGGCCUCACCCAUCGAUUACAUGACAUCAUUUCAGAUGUUCAACUGCACCCACCCACUCUACUCACACAGCUACCUUGGUCUAGGCUUGAUGUCGGCAAGACUAGCUGUCUUGGGAGGAAUCGAGGGACAGCCUUGUAUGUGGUUUUUCAAUUUGCUUUCAUCGUUGCCUUUAAAGACCCUCCCCGUCCCGAUAAAUAAGCCAUUAUCUAAUCUUUUAAUAACAUGGACCAAGAUUAAUUCCUUGCAUGCCAGCUGUUGCUGUGAUUUAGUUGAUUGUGCCAACAGAUUAGAGGGCAGCAGCACAGAGCUAGUAAGUCCCUGCUUGGCCCCGGACUACUCUGGCCAAUGGGAACAUGCAGAAGUUCAGUAUACUGUGAAUGGCCAAGAAAGCAGGUACAUUUUGUUUCUGUUUCAGGAGAGCCCAUUUGAGUCCUGCCUUAGGAAAGUGGAGAAGUUGCUGUUUCAGAAGGUGAAGAAUGCAGAGGAAGCCAAAGAUAUUGAAUUCUAUGCCUUUUCAUACUACUAUGACAGAGCUGUGGAUCUGGGCGCUCUUGAUGAGAAAACAGGAGGGACUAUAAAAGUCAGCGAUUACAUUGAUGCUGCUAAAAGUGUGUGCAACGGAAUGACAGUUAUUCCCAGAGAAAAUCCUUUCCUUUGUCUGGGUCUAACCUACAUCUCUCGGAUGCUGCAAGAGCUUGGUUUUCCCAAAGAAAAAGUAUUUAAGCUGGCGAGGAAGAUUGAUGAAGUGGAGACUAGUUGGGCUCUGGGGGCUUCUUUCCACUACAUAGAGUCCCUCCACAGUCAGUGAGCUGCCAUGACAUGCCAGUGUUUCUGUGCUGCAAAGCACACUCAGGCCGUUUUCCCAAAGUGAUUGCAGAGAAAAAGUACAACGUUUCCCGAAUUUGUUUAUUUAACCAGUUGCCUUUGGAUGUUUGACUUUAUUUUUGCAGGCGUGGUUUGUUUAUACUUAAUGAAUGUUGGUUGUGUAAUAAAGCACAUGCUACUGCUGUAGUUUAAAAGAGCACGACCAGUUACAUAUUUGGUAUUUGAAUAUAACAUUGUGCUAAAAUGUCAUUUUCUGUGUACAAUUCAGAAUCAACUGGGUUAAUGAAGGCAUAAGUAUUUAGAAUAAAAUAACAUUUAUAUUCCA